UCGCCCGCAAAAUUCAUACAGCCACAAUCCGGUAGCGACAAACUGCAUGUUGGAGCUUUACAACUCUUCCCAUGGCAUUAUUUUCAGAUUGAAAUCUUGAAGCGGUUGCAAAGAGAAGCAUUCUCAGAUUUGAUGAAACUCAGAGACAGACAAGACAAAGUUGAGCGAGUGCUUUCCUUCUAUAAAACAUCCAAGGGAAGUCCAUUCCAAGAAGCUAGUACUCAUGUAAGGGGAGAAGUUGAUUUCCUGGGAGGUAUAUUGAUGAUGAGAGAUAUUGAUUCGCAAAAUUUGGAUGCACUUGAUAGAGCAGGAGUUAGGACUGGGAUAACUUCAAGGUUUAUUUUUGAAACAAGUCUUGGGCAGAAUGAUAGUCUUGUAGCAGAGUUGAUAGCCAGUGAAACAGGCAAAGGAAACCUUGGUGAUAUUUCAGGAAUCCCACUUUCUCUCACAAAACUAUUGUAUACAGCAAAUGUUAGUGAUUGGUGUUCGGCAACUGCAAUACCAGUGGGAACUCAAUGCAGAGAUUUUGAUAUCACUAGGAACUCUUUCCAACAGGGAAAAGGCCUCACUUAUAUUUCAUCUUUUGAGCCACCCCUAUUGAGUCAGCAUAAUGGUAGUGCUAUUGGCGUAACAGUUAGAAAAUCAAAUGUUGUUGCAUCGUUGGGUCAAUCUGUUUCUGGACUGAGAAGGCCACUGGGUUCUGAUGGAUUUGGACAUUGCUUCAACACUUUUGGGCAAGUUGUUUGUCUGCUUCCAAGAGGAAUAAGACUCUCUCUUAUGGGUCUUCACCAAGUGCCUAAAGUACUGGAUCACCGUCUCAGUCUCGGAGCCCUUACAAUUCCAGUAGGCUUUUUGAAGCAGCACAAGUCUUCUGAGAGAAUGGUUGAAUCAGCUGCUGCUGCUCCUGUGUCUUUGAGAAUAAACACCCCGGAAAUGCCCUCAACUGGAUCUAUUGCUCUGAAGCUGGAAUCAGAGCUUGAUGACAGUACAAAAGUUGGAGGUUGGAUUGAGAUGCAAAACUCAAACUACAAGCAUCUCCGUUGGGCUGUCACCGUGUCUGAUAAUCCCGAAGAUGACAUAGGAUGGGGAGUAAGUCUCAGUGGGAUUGAAGGUCCUAGAGGAUGGGACCAAUACCAGUUUGAAUCUUUUGCAGAUCUUAGCUUAGGGAAGAGAUUCAACUUGAAACCGGGUGUUGCAUAUGUGGUGGAUGGAGAUGCCAAAACACUCGCCCUUAUGCUUCGAUGUAACUGGUCUCUCUGAUUACCCUCGGGUUCCGGAUAUCCUUUUUGUAUAUUUUGUAGUUUUAGCACCUUCUUUUGAGUAGAUUUUGGAGCUAGAAGAAAAAGAGAGAAGUGUUCAUAACGGUGGGGAUGUUAUUUUAGUCACCUACAAGAUCUAAACGUAAACUGGUCUGAACACCUUAUUCUAAAAUAUCAUAUGGGUAUCAGAAUAUUAGU